AUGCGUUGGCCCGUGAACGCAGCCUGCGUCAGAGCCAUGGCGGCCGAGGUGAAGAAGACGUCAGCAUCUCAGGUGAUGAACGAGGCGGACUGUGAGCGUGCAGACAGUUUAGAAGGUUGGGUGGCGGUGAAAAGCAACAUAUUCGAGGACGCCGAGGCCUUCAAGUUAGGUUUUAUCGUCCAGUGGAACGUCAUCGAGAGUAAGUUCGCGGUCACGUGUCACAACAGAACUUUACAAAGGCGCCAAAAAGGCAAAGAAGAAGAAGAAGAAGAUAAAGAUGUUCCAACAACAACAAGUUGGGCUGCACUUUUGUCCGUCAGCGACUUGAAGUUGAUCCACCAUCAGCUGACUGGUGUCGGCGACGUGUUGGCCUCGUGCUUCCCGGACUUGUCGCACUUGAAAGCCGCCAACAUUUGGGACGUCCUGGCCUCUGCCAGCACUUUGGAUGAACAGGAAGUGGACGUUUGUUGCCGGAAGUUGGAGAAGUACUUCGCCGCCGCCAUUGACGUGUGCGGCACUGAGAUCGUGCUCGACACGCUCUUCUCCCACGACGCGCGUGACGUAGAGGACUACUUUGACAACAUGCACGAGUUCAAGAGCAAGACUUUGCAUGACGAAAUGUCCCGGGUCAAAGGUCACCUGCGUCAGCUGCUGCAGAGUCACAGCAGUGCCGACAACAUGAUGGUGCUGCUGGUCAUCUACCAGCAAGAAGACCAGAUCUACCAGGACUUGGUCACAGUGGCCACCACCUUCUUCCAGUACCUGCUGCAGCCUUUUAGGGACAUGAGGGAGCUGGCCUGCCUCUACAAGAUGGACAUCCUGAAGAGUCUGGACUUGGAAGACCUGGGUCCUAAGAGGAUUGAAGCCCUGGAGAAGGAGGCGGAGGAGUGGAAGACCAAGGCCAAGGAUGCCGAGUCUUCUAUUCAGGAUCUUACCGUCACUUACUUUGCACAGACCUCCAAGUCUUUGCAAGGUAUGGUGAAGCAGAUGGAGGAGGACAAGUGUCGCUUUGGAGUGUCUGCCUGGGCUUCUGCUUCUCCAAGGCUGGAGAAUCUGCACUUGUUGCUGGCUAAAGAAGGCCUGCAGCACAUGAGAGCCACUGAGAUGUGUCUGAGCCGCAAGAAGGAGGCCAUCAGGAAGGAGCUGGCCAGCUUGUGUGCAAGUCUGCAGCAGCAGACGGCUGAAGGUUCUCCUGCGUGCCACGGAGACCAGCAGCAGACGGCUGAAGGUUCUCCUGCGUGCCAUGGAGACCAGCAGCAGACGGCUGAAGGUUCUCCUGCGUGCCAUGGAGACCAGCAGCAGGCGGCUGUGGACAAGCUGGAGCUGCUCUUCUAUGAAACCCAGCUGGAAGUGUACAACACCAAGUUUGAGAUCCUGAAGAAGGAGGAGCAGCUGCUGGUGGCUCAGCGAGACACCCUGCGGCGUCAGAUGAGAGAGCUGAAGGAGGAGGUGGUGUACUACGACGUGUGUGAGGAUCCAGAGGAGCUCCAGAGCAUGGUCCCCCAGCAGACUGAACCUCCUGCUGUGGCUCAGCUGAGGAGACGUCUGCAGACCCUGGAGACCAAGAGAGGCCACACCUGUGCCCGGCGGGCUUACCUGCGCAACAAGAAGGAGCAGUGUGUGGACGCACGUGAGCAGAAGCAGCGCGCCGCCAAGAACACCUCCGUCCUCUUCACCCGCCACCAUCAGGUCCACAUGAAGCGAGAGAAGAGGAAGGAGGAGGAGCAGAGGAGGAAGCAGUUUGUGGACCAGGAGCGAGAGAAGACCCUGAGCAGAUUAAGGUCCUUCAGAGAGAAGCGAGCGGGUCAGCAUGUCCUGAAGACCCCUCAGUCCAGAACAUCUUGUCCUUCUCAGCCACUCUCCAUCAUCAGCACUGGACCUCCUCCCUCCUCCAGUCCUUCUGUCCAAACACAGCCCAGACACAUCCCACCUGCACCUGGACACACCUGUACGCUCCCAGCCUUCGUUCCUCCUCCUCCUCCUCCUCCUCCUCCUCCUUUUCCUCCAGUCAGCACUUCCUGUGAGGACACACCUAUGGCGCUCAGUGACCGAGACACGCCUCCUCCAGCCAAGAGGACACUGACACAAAACAUAGGAAGUAUGGAUGAAGUCCUGGCGUCCCUGCAGCGAGGACAGAUCCAGCUGAGGAAGACCAAGACCUCCAUGAAGCCUCCUGCUGACCCCAGAACUUCUCUGAUGUCUGCCAUCCGACAGGGAGUCCCCUUGAAGAAGAUGAUCCCAGCAGGCUGCAAAGUGUUGACUAGUAACACUCACAACGAACUGGAGCGCAGCAUCAAGGCAGCCAUGUUGAGGAUGAAGAAGGUGUCAGCUGACUCUGACCAGGAAGAUGAGCACACACACAGUGGAGACUGGGACAGCUGAGACACACACACACACACACACACUCUCACACACACACACACACAUAUACAGAGGUGGGUAGUAACGCGUUACAUCUACCUGAGUAACUUUUGGUAUAAAUUGUACUUCUAAGAGUAGUUUUAAUGCAACAUACUUUUACUUUUACUUGAGUAUAUUUAUAGAGAAGAAAGGCUACUUUUACUCCGCUCCAUUUAUCUACAUUCAGCUCGCUACUCGCUACUGAUUUUUAUCCAUCUGUUAAUGCACGCUUUGUUUGUUUUGGUCUGUCAGACAGACCUUCAAAGUAGGAUCUAUCACAUGCCUGCGUUUCACCAAUCAAAUACAGUCACUGGUGACGUUUCACCAAUGAAACAGAGCCAGGCGGUCACAUGAUUAACUGCACAUAAAGUUUCAGCGGCAAACAACAACAAGCUUAAGCUUACAUGAACUCAACGUCAAAUUUGAGGAAGCACAUGGCGGUAAGUAACGUUAGUAGAUAUUUUGGCUGUCACCGUAGCAUACCUGCCAACUACUCCGGUUUUCCCGUAAUUCGUACGGUUUUCAUCAACCUAUUCCGGGUUACGGUUGCAGUGAUAAAAAAUACGGUUUUUCAUUAAUUAAAAAAAAAAAAUAAGGGUGAAAACUACGCGAAUUGCACCUUGUGCAGACAAGAUUUUUCGAUCGGACACGGAGGAAUUAGCAUGUAAAAGACCACGUUGGGACAAAAAAACACAAGUCUAAUGCCGUUGCUAGCGAUACAAGUGGAAAACUUUCAACGUUUUUCGUCGCCCAAACAGAUUCUUUGGAUGUGAUAAAUGCCGAAGUUUUAUUUACGGAGGCAAUAAUUGAGCAUGGACUUCCAAUCGCACUGGCUGAUCACAUGGGACAGUUAAAUGUUUGUAAUGCAACCUUUAAAAAUCAUUACGCGGUGAUCGCGGCCCCAAAAAUAAACUUUUCUUGCAUGAUAAUGUCCAGAAAAACUCGCUUUAUAUUACUAUAGAGUCCUUUUAACGAAUGAGUUUGAUGGUUUAUCACAAACCUUAAAUGAAAGAAGUCCUUUGUUCUCCUGCACCAUGCAUGCGCUUUGGCCUUGCUUCGUGUUUGGUGCGCAAUCCUGUCGACUGUAUUUCACAGCACGACAUACUGUUAAAAGUGUUUAUACUAUUUAUGCUUUCAAGUCCAAGUUGAAGAAAUCUUGUUAAAUGUUGACAGCAUAACUACCAAAAUACAGAAGUAUGUCCUUAAUAUUUUUGCAGUGCUAUUUCUGUUGAAAAGUUCAAAUGAUUACAUUGGAGAUGUGAUGUGCCACUUUUCAAGUGUCUGAUGGCUUCAAUUAAUUUUCAUUAAUUUUUCAUAUUUUGAAUUCUUUUGAAAGGCUUACAAAAAAACUACAUUUGAAUUGUAAU